AUGUCUGCUUUGUGGCUGCUUCUGGGCCUCCUUGUCCUGACUGAUCUAUCUGAAAGCAGCAAUUGGGGAUGCUACGGAAACAUCCGAACCCUCGAAACCCCUGGGGCAUCUUGUGGGGUUGGAAGACAACGAGGCAUCAACUACUGUGGGGUCCGAGCUUCUGAAAGGCUGGCUGAAAUGGACAUGCCCCUGCUGGUGAGAUAUCAACCCAUCAUGCGGACGGUCGGCCGGAAAUACUGCGUGGACCCUGCCGUCAUCGCCGCUAUCUUGUCCAGGCAAUCACAUGGGGGCAACAUUCUGCUCAACGUGGGGAACACGAACGAUGGAAUCGGGGUGGUGCAGGACUCGGGCCAAUACGCUCCCACCUCCUGGAUCAGCGAGUCCCAGCUUGCUGAAAUGACGGAGGCUCUGACUGUUAGGAUCAAAGGGAUCCAGAGGAAGUUUCCAACCUGGACCCCAGACCAGUAUCUGAGAGGUGGACUGUGUUCCUACAAUGGAGGUGUUGGCUACGUCAGAAAUAGCCAGGACCUGGGCUGUGACUUCUGCAACGAUGUCCUUGCACGAGCCAAAUACUAUAAGAGACAUGGCUUCUAA